GAUAAGGUCGAGAGUCAGCUGUCACCAGAAAAAUAUUUCUGGAAUAACAAAAACAGGCAAAAUUACCCGUAUCCGAUCCGAGUCGAAAAACAAAUCCUCACCAUGAACUGGCACACGGGCAACAUUGCGGAAGCCGUGGCGGAAUCGAAGGCCAAAGACGCCAUCUUCGUAGUCUUCAUUGAGGGGCAGGAUGAGAUGUCCAGAAAGCUGGAGAGGUUCGUGGACGACGGCCUAGUGCGUUCCAGACUGGAAACCUCCGAUUUUGUGGCCAUCAAAGUCCAGGGAAAUAGCUCUGCCUACGGACAGUUCAUGUCGCUAUACAAAGUCGUUCCCGUGCCUUCGCUCUUUUUCAUCGGGAAAUCGGGCACGCCUCUGGAAAUCGCGACUGGAAUAACUGCCAGCGUAGAUGAACUCAUCGCCAAGAUCGACAAGGUCCUAAUCCUGGCGGGAAAACGAACGGAGCCACAGCCAGUCAGCAGUAGCUCGUCAAUUGUUGACGGGUUGGAGCCCAAUACGGUUAGGAGCUUCGCCGGAGCAGAUGACUCAACCAGUUUGAGCAACAAAGAAUCAGUUGAAACAGCUCCAGAAACCAAUUCAGUUUCCAACGCAGCAACUGAAUUAGGAGACCCUAAAUCCAAUCCUCCGAAUUCACCUGCAACAAGCAGUUACGCCUCGAUCCCUGCAGACGUAUCAACGUCCAGUUUGGAAGCUAAAUCAGGUUCAGAGGAAGAGAUCACUACUAUUUCCCCAGCUGUUUUGGCAGCCGAACAGAGGGCUUCGGCCAGCAAAGUGGAUGACUCGGCAUCAACAUCUGGAGCAGUUGCCCGAAAUUUGGCCACAUCUAAUCUCAUGCCGGCGGUUCCACUACUUACACCUGCUGUUCCAGUUUCCGUUCAGCCACCGCCGGAAACUCAGGGACCCACAGAAUCCGAGGAAAGACUGGCGGAAGCUCGGAAACUCCUGGAGGAGAAGCGAAGAGAGCGCAUAGAAGAGGAGAAGCGCCGCGAGAAGGAGACCGAGCUGAGGCGGCGAAGGGAGGGAAGGGAGGCACAGACCCAGCAGGCAAGGAACAAGGAACUGGAGCUUAGGAACAUGCAGGAACAAAUUCGCCGAGAGCGUCUGGAGGAGCAGCAGGCAAGGGAGCGCAUCCGCGCGCAAAUUGCCGCCGAUCGGGCAGAGCAGGCGCAACGUCUCCUCGUUUCAGCGGAUGUUAACAGCACUACUAACUCGGUGGGGGCCACCGCAACAUCCAACGCUAUACCAACCGAGUCCUCGAGAAGUUCCGUGGACGAGACGAGGCUGCAGAUCCGCCUGCCCGGUGGCCUUCAGCGCACCAAAACCUUUCCGGCCAGCGAUGCUCUGGCCACCGUGCGUGUCUACGUGCGAAACGAGCUGCUGGCAGCGAGCGAUGUGCGUGACUUCACCCUGGCCACAAGUUAUCCUCGGAGGGAAUUCCAAACGGAAGACGAGGUCAAGACCUUGACCGAGCUGAAUCUGGUGCCCAAUGCGGUGGUUCUGGUGCUGACUAAGGAUCAAGUGAAUCGCGUGGUCCGGAGCGGUGUCCUGAUGACAAUGCUGGCCACCGUCAUUUGGGCAAUGAUUACACCUGCAGCCAAGGCCUUCGAAUACAUUCACAAGAUGGGACUGCGCCCGCUCACCCAGAAGUUGUCCGAGCUGAUGGGUAGUAUUGGUUGGACAGGACGUCAGGCCGAUGUCGAAGUUGACGCGGGACAUGCUGCUGCUCGCCGUAACAUGGACCUAUUUUCCCUGCGACCGACUCCAGCACCAGGCUACGAAUACGAUGAGCCUUCAACAUCACAUGAAGCGAGGCCCAUGUCCACGCCAGGAAGCGGGGAAGCCGAUAGGCCCACGCCGCAGACGCAACCGGGUCCAGGAAGUACACCGCAGGCUCAUAACACCAGCCAGGCAUCCGGCUCCCAGUCACAACAGUUCCAACAGCGACCCGGUGGUUAUCAGCCGCCAAGAUAUGGGGAUGCGAACAUAAGACGGCUACAGGAUACUAAGAAAGACGACAAGGAUAAGGACAAGGCCACGUACAACGGGAAUUCCACGCAGCAGCAGUAAAACAAUUUUUUCCAGCAAUCUGUUCGACGACAGUCUUUAGAUAUCAAACCUAUAUGAUAACCUGUUAUGCUAAAUUUAAUUAUACCAACUUAAUAUUCCGAAAUUUCAA